ACUACUGUUAAAAAUUUAUAAGAUAUUGAUAAAAUAUGUCUGGUGGGGACGCCAGGUUCAGGAAUUCUCUCCCGGGCCCCGGGUCCUACCAGCAGGGGACGGGACGCCAAGAUUACGGUCAACCUAGGUUUCCAGGAUCAUACUCUGGUCAGACCAGUUAUGGAUCCACUCAGCGGAUGGUUGGAAACCCUCUGAGCAAAAGGAAUUAUCCAACUCAACCUGGGGCUCAGGAGAAUAGUUUAAGAAGUCUCCACCAGAAGAACAGACUGCUACGCGCGCAGAUUGGAGUCCCUUCAGUCCAGCUUAAUCGUUCGGUAGGACUUCAGCAACCUGGUGGAGCUUAUAUGGACGGGGAUAACGGUUUCCAUGCUCCAGGUGGUGUUGCGAAUAUCAGAGGAGGGUAUGGAAACUUAAAGGACGGACUAGUUAAGCAACAACCUUUUAAUUCACACCAACAACCGUUUAAUUCACAGCAAUUUGAUCCACAGCUACAGCCGUUCAAUCCACAGCAAUAUAAUCCUCCCCAACAGCAGUAUAAUCCACAGCAACAGCAGUUUACUCCACAACAGCAUCAACUGCCGCAACAGCAAUAUCCGCAGCUCGGAACCGUAGUUAAUAAUCAGGUUGGAGUAGAACAGGAAAGGAAGACCUUGAACCCGGAGAAGGAGAAAAAGGAGGCGAGUUUGGUCGGAGGAGGAAGGAUUAACGAAGAAUCGAACAAGAAGUUCUCAAAUCUCAGGAUAUUGACUGGGCGUGUGAAGCGUGUGAAGGAAUGGAUAAACUUCCAGCUUUCAUUUCCUGUUCUUUUCGUGGUUCAUGGCCGACUCCUAGCCGCAGUGCAAAGUAUUGGAAGCACCAGGGUUGGAGAGGAUAGGAAUGUCUCCAGGAAGACCUUUGUACUGGUAGAUCUGGAGGAUAAAGCGCAGAGGCUGAGAUGCGUCUAUUAUGAGAUAGAUCGGAGACUGGAUCUUCUAGACAGUGGGACAAGAGUUAAGGUAAAGUAGGUUUAUUAUGAGAUAGAUCGGAGACUGGAUCUUCUAGACAGUGGGACAAGAGUUAAGGUGACAGGGCGAGGUCAGGAGGAUGGAAGUAUCCUCGCAUUUAGUAUGAUCGAGGUUAACCCUAGUCUGGAGGACAGAUUCCUUC